UCGGCGACACCGCGAAGCCACCCGCCUGAGCUAGUUUGUCCCUGCGGCCGUGUCGUAGCUGCGCCGCGGCGCGCGGCAGGAGCUUCGGCCGCAUCGCCAUGGCCGCCCGCGGCGGCGUGUCGCCCGCCAGCGAGGGCCUGCGCCACGCUGAGUACUCGCCGCCGGCCACCAAGCGGCCGGACGCGGAGACCCCCCAGGCACUGGCAAGAAGUUUGAUCGUUGUAGGACUGGGUGUUGCAGCUGUUGCAUUUGCAGGUCGCUUUGCAUUUCACAUCUGGAAACCUCUAGAACAAGUAAUCACGGAAACUGCAAAGAAGAUUGCAACUCCUAGCCUUUCAUCCUACUAUAAAGGAGGAUUUGAACAGAAAAUGAGUAGGCGAGAAGCUAGUCUUAUUUUGGGUGUAAGCCUGUCUGCUGGCAAGGCCAAGAUUAGAACAGCUCACAGGAGAAUCAUGAUUUUGAAUCACCCAGAUAAAGCGAAUGUUCUGUGGAAGCUGUAGACAUCAGUGUCUUGACAUGUCACUGAAGUAUGUCACCAGCCCCUGGCAGAGACGCUGUACUCUGGGCCUGACUUCCCAUGCCAGCCUCUGCAAGUGGAAAAUAUGGCGCUCAAGCCUCAAGGAACAUGGAGACUGAUGAGGAAAGACCCACUGCAAACCUGGAUGGGCCCCCACAGAGUCCUGCCAUCCCUGUCUCUGAUCUCAUCUGGAUCUGUUUCCCUCUGGAGCCAACUUCAUUGCACUUGCUACCUGGAAAGUUUGAGCAAUCUUCCUUGAGGCUGCUGUGUCAUUCCAAGUCACAAUCUUGAAACCUAAGGCCUCAGUUGUAAUCUCCGAGAAAGCCAGUCCUCCGCUGAGGAAAGAGGCUAGGUGGGACAGAACAAAGGUGCCACUUGGGCCAAAGCAAAAGGAAUCUGGGAAUAUGAUACUUUAAAAAACAAAAACAAAAACAAAACAACGUAGGGCUGAAGAGGGAAAGAUAGCCAUCCAGCAGAUAGCGCCAGGUGAAUCUCUCACCUGACUUGGGUUUAAGCAAACGCACUAGCCAACAAGCAUGACAAGUGGACUUCCAAAUGUAUUCUGGGAAGUAAUUUGAUACUAAGUUUGGAGGCAGGAAGAACUACCAAAAGUUCUUUGAGACCCAGCUGUGUUGCACACAAACAUGGGAGGACUCCUAAGACUUCCUUCGUGACCGUGACCACCUUAUUUCCGGAGAGGCUGCCCUCCCCCCAGUCCCCACCCCCACAACAGCUUUGCUGCCUCUCCAAACCCCAGAACUGCCUGAACCCUCGGAUGAGGCCCGAGCCUCCCAGCCUCACUGGCAAGCGCUCUCAUGCCAAGCUGCCCUCCACUCCAGAAACUGGAUACAACGAAUGCCACAGCCACAGGCCUGGGGCUUGGUUUCCUGAGGAGCUCCUGAAGGACCAGAUGACACCCAGAAGGGCAGGGUGUUGCCUCCCUGGACGUGCACCUGGACCAAUUACCUGAGAAUUCAUUGUGUCUCCACUCUGAGGUGUCGUUCCUCCUGGAGCAUGUUGCAGAAGUCCCUCGCGCUGAGGGGACAGACCGCAGAGAAGCGGUACCCACAGCAGCAACAUUGUGUCACGUGGUUUUCUGUCUUUCCUGUCUUUUUCCCCCUUUCCUCCCUCCCCUCACUUCUCCGGGCUUUUACUUCCCAGAUGAAGUAGCCUUGGGCUCUGUACGGAGGAUUGGUACUGAGAAAAUUACCUAGACGAGUCACACUCGGGUUAUGGCAGUGUUCUCCAAACAGCUUUUUAGGCAAAGGCGGGUGAUGGACGCAUGGCCCUUCUCUUUGAGGUCAAAGACUUUCCCCUUUAUUGGCUAGAUGACCCUCUUUACAUUGCAACCAUCUCUGGAAGCUGCAAGUUUCCAGAAGGCUUAGGUGUGAGGAAAGGUUGUUUAAUCAUUUUGAAGAAAUAGUGUAAUGGAUCUUUCUUUCUUAAUCAUCAACAAGGAGUUAACCUCAGAGAAAAUUAAGCCUCCUUGUAGCUAAGGUUGUUUGUAUUUAGUUUCUCUUAAAACAGAAAUUUCUUUUAAUAACCAAAAGAACAAUAACAAUAGCAGAAAACCCCAAGUCACAAACUGUGGUGUUAGCAGCCUGAGGAGACUGGGUGCCUACCUUAAAAACACACAGAGGUGACAUUGCCAUCCCUGGCCUAGAGGAAAGAAAGCUGAUGCUCUCCUUUUCCCACUUGAGGUCCUCUUCACGGAGUCUCACUAAGCCUGUGCGUCAUGUAAAUAUUUCAUUACUCACAGGUGUGUUGGUUUAUUCAUGCACCUGGCCCAGCCAUCCUGGGAUCUCUCUGUUUUGUGGAGCCUGUGUGUGACUCGUUGGUUGCAGAGUGAUAGAUAAUGAGGCCGAAGUCUGGGCUCAGUCCUGAUGGGAGCCAGUUAACUUCACUCUGCCUCACCGCCUGAGGCUGCGUCCAACCGCUCUGGCUGGGACUUGUCUGUGCUCCACUGAGCUGAGGGUCCGGGGCGGCCCCCCCUCUGCUGAAGAAAUAGCUCCUCCCUAGAGCGCCUUCACCCUCUGCCAAGUCAGCGCUGGUUUUCUCCAAGAGUAUUUGCUUGAUCUUCUCUGAGGCUUUUGUAUGGGAGUUUUCAGCAUUUUCCUUUUUUCGUUCAAUCAUCAAGCAUGUGUCCCAGUCAUUAAUACGUAAGCUCCUGCUAUGUAUCAGUGACCAUUUCUUUUGCCUCCAUUCCCUGGUGUGUU